UACCCAAGACGAGUUGACGAUUUGCGAAAUUUUACAUUAAAAUAUAUUAGGAUGCAUAUGUGUCUUCUUCUUCUCUCGGGUAUAACCCUAACGUCAGCAUCAGGUCUUCAAUCCAUCUUCCCGGAAAUGAAGCAGUAUACCUACGAGCUGAAAACCAACGUGUCCACUGGGAUCCUGGGCUCCGAUACCUACUGGACCCUGAGCGGCAGACUGAUGGUGGUUGUUUAUGACAACUAUACCAGAGUCAGGUUUAAAUUGGACGAUCUGAAGACAUCAUUGCACAUCAGUCAUCGGUACUUGGACAUUCCACACGAGUCAGGAGAAUCAACGAGGUAUCUGGAACAGCCCUGGGAGGUGGACUACCGGGAGAAUGGUUUCAUCAACGGUAUUUACGUCGGCAACGAGACGACCUGGUCGCUCAACAUGAAGAGGGCCAUAUCCAUCAACUUUCAACUGAAGAAGGAUCUUGGCUCCUACAGUAGCGAUGAGCCGUGCCUGUACGGGAGCUGCCGGAUGCUGUACACCAGCAGUGGCAGCGGCAGCAGGAUCAAGAAGUACAGCACCAUGCAGAUGUCUGCUGGGGCUGAGCGAAGCUGGAGCUCCGUACCCUGGAGCAACGAUUACGGCCGUGCUGUGCCAGAGACCAUCUCCACAUCAGCUCGGAUCUACGAGCUGGAUGAGCAUGGCCUCACCAGUCUUUAUACAAACGGGGAUUUCCUAUUCAGAGUCCACGAUCACAUUCUCACUGUCUCCACUGAGCUUUCCUUGUAUUUACAUGAAGAUUCGCCCGCGGAAAGUGUUAAGAAGCUGUACAUAACCCGAGAGAAUAUCGAAUACGAGCCAACAGAUUUCAACAACCCAACCAAUGGGAUACUGGAGCGCACUCAAGAUUAUCUCAAGAAAAGAACUUAUGGGGUUCUCAUGAAGAUAGUCAUGAAAGGAAUCGACGCAGACAACAUUGUGAGGAACGAGUCUUUGAUACACAGCCUUGACUUCGUGGACUUGUUGGACUCUGUAUCCCAGCUCUCCUACGACUCCCUGAAGAAGGUGUUCGACGAUCUUGUUUUAGGCACCAGUUACGAUCUGGAAACUGCGAGAAACAUAUUCCUGGAGGUUCUGCCCCAUUCCAGAAGCGAUGCCUCUGCUAGAUUUAUUAAAUAUAUCGUUGUUGAAGAGAAGAAGAACGUUGAAGAUGCUGCGCUCCUUUCAUUGAUCAGGAAACUACCGUUCAACGUGGCAAACCACAGCCAGAGUCUACUGGAAGAGUUGGAGGCUUUAAGCAAGUUGGGUCUAGACUUCUCUGUCGAUAUCCGCCACGCCGGCAUCCUGUCGUUCGCGAUCCUGGCCUACAAGACUGCUGAAGCUGAUCGGGUCAAACAAGACUACUUCGAUAAUAUUGUUGUCAAGUAUUUCAGGAUGUAUAGCGAUUGUCCUCAAUACCUGGAUAGGAUGGUUUGGCUCCAGGGCUUAUGCAGUCUGGGAUACACGGCAGAUUCCUAUAUCAAGACCAUUUAUGGAGACAGCUCCAGAAACCGCCAUGAGAGGUUGUGGGCAGCUCUCGCGUGUGGCCAAGAUCCGCGAGGAUUUGUGGCUCUGGAGACCAACUUGCCAAUCCUGACUAAUGAUUCAGAGCACAUACAACUGCGUAUCGCGGCUUUGCACGCCAUCCUGAGCUCCGACAUUCGCCCCGCUGACUUCCUGUUCAUCCACAACUACAUCACCAUCUCCAACAGUGAUCAGCUCAAGAGAUUCUGGUUCACUACUAUUAAGAGUCUGGAGACGAAUCCACACUUUGAAGGUUACAAGUCUAUUUUACACUACGUCCCGUUCGUUUCUAAACUCGUUACGAACCCAGACACGACGUUCUGGGCUACAAACAACUACGUCGUCACCAACGACGAUGAGUUGGGCCCGGGGUUGCAGCUGUUCAGUAUCGGUGAGGAGUCUGGCGGGAUGCCGGCGAUGAUCAGUGCGACCUUCACCAGCGGUGGGAGGAGACCUUUUCAAGCAUCUAUGUACUUAAUUGCUGAAGGCGUGUCUUCGCAUAUGUUUAAGCGAAUGAGAAAGCUGACCACAAAAGACGCAACAGUAGAGACCCUGAUAAAACUUUUAGAGAAAAUGAAGAUUUGGACACUGAAAACGCCGGAAGAGGUGCACAUAGACUUAGUAAUCAAAGUGCAGGACAAGACGGUGUUCGCGACUCACGUCAACCAGACACGAUUCAACAAUUGGAAUGGGCACGAUAUGGCCAAAUCAAUAAUGGAGUUCCUGAGGUUCGGUAGUCACAUCAACCAGCAGAUGGUGUACUAUCCGAUGCAGAUGGACAUCGACCUACCGACUGAGCUAGGUACUCCGAUCCGGUUAAGGUCAUCAACAUUAUCGUUCACAUCAGUGCGCGGAAACCUUACGGCGCCUCCCGACCCUAUCUUGGACCUGGAUUGGGAGAAUGACUUACAUAUACGGUUCCAGGGCACGCAGGUCAUAUCAUUGUCGACGUUUGCGCCUAUCCUGCAGUCGGAGCAUGUGGCCAGGGUUCAGCGCUCCGUGGUAGCCCACCUCCCCAUCAAGUUCAACAUCACCUUGCAGAGCUCCACGCGAUCUGUUGCUUUCACAUGGUUGAACCCGUUUGCUCAACGCGCGGGUAUCGCGAUGCAUUCUCGAGCUCAGAUAACCCUGGAGUACGGACACAUAAAAGAUGCUUAUACCGUCACGUCGAAACCCAUAUCAAAUGUCAAUGAAAAGGGUAUUUUCUUCGACUGCGAACAGCAAACUUCGGGUGCGGAAGUUAUAGAACAAUACCUCAUGUCUAAAAUUAUAAAUUACAACACGCCUCAAUCACAAAACUCCCUCGUGGAUACUAUACACCAAUUGACCCCCUUGCCAGGGUGCGGGCUGAUACUCCCUCCUACCAGACAAGACCAGGGAGGAGAUGAAGUAAUAAAAGUUAAGUUUAGCUUGGGGGAUGUAUCGCUAGAGAGAGUGGACAGAGUUGAAGCCAACUUCGGUGUACUACUGAGCUAUUAUAGUUUCGACGAACAGGACAUUUAUCUGAAGAUAGACUCCAACACGAAGGUCAAAAGCGCUGGAAGGAACGUAUCCGUAGAAUGGCACUUAUACGUGAAACAACCACAUGCCACAGAUCCUCAGAAAACUCACUGGAAGUUGUGUUACUCCGAGAACGACAGAAGCCAUGCCCCAGCGGACCAGGACAUCACCAUCACCCCAGCGGAAUAUGAAGGUCGCGUGGUUAUCACGUACCGAUCAUCUGACAGGUUCAUCAGCUGUGCCACGGAUGACGGAAGUAGAAUAGAUCUGCACUACAGAGGCUUGCCGAAAUAUGUGGGUGGAACGUUAGAGAGGCAAAUGGAAAUGGAGAUAAUGGGAGAAAAGCUUCACGACUUCGAUUUGCUGCCGAAGCUGGGACUGCUGGGUGGAACACCAGCUGGUCAGAUUAUUGGUAGUAUGGAGAAGGACUCCAUCAACGCCAUAGUGCUUAUAAAGGAGAGGAAUGGAGUAGCUUCUAUAGUGGUGAACAGAGGACCAGAAAUGCAGUUCAAGUCGGAAAGUCUCGCGUGGCUCUUGGACAACCUGACUAUAACACAGCUCAUGAAGAAGUUUGGAAUAUAUCGGGAGUGUAAGGUACACUCGACAACAGUGGAAACUCUUUCUGGCUCCGUGGACCAGCUUCAACCCCUGCAGUGCGCAGAGACCUUACUCCUGGCAGACUGUUCUGAAGUGCCCAGUUUCGUAAUUCUCCGACAAAAAGAUGGCGGAAUCAAAAUGUACGACGUCGACCACAGCGCCGCUGACAACAGAACAACGGCCGGGUCUCCGUUGGUACCAAUCAAUGAUGGCGUGAGGAUUGUGUCGGAGUCAACGGGGGUGCUUAUCUACAAGAAACACAACGAAACAACAAUACUAGUACCAUUCGCGUAUUUAGACACAGUUUGCGGCGAGUGUGUUGGACAGAAUGACUUUAAUGAUUGUUAAAUACUUAAAUACUGGUAGUAGUCGUGCGGAUAUACAAUGGGAUUAUAAAUGGCAUCGGCUCUGUUUACUAAAGUUAUGCAAAUAUUGCCACAGUCACUUGCUUAAAAUAUAGCGCACACCACACAAUCAUUAACAGCGCAGAUCUAAGCAUAUUUAAAGUGAAAAUUACAGGAUUAAGCGUGAUUUUAAUGCAGAGUUCAGAAAUAUGAUAGUGUUGUGACCUUAUUAUAAUUGAUGACCAUAAUUAUGAGUGUGUCUAUAAAUUUAAAUAAUGCUUCAAGUUCACCAUUUAAAACCAGGUCAAAAUGAUGAAAAAAAAAUUAUGGAACUAUAACUUCUUGCGUGCAUACAUAAGUGCACACACAUUUUUUUUGGAACGAAACCCAAUGGACUCGUGUUAUUAUUAUUAACGCGAUAUCACGGUAAGCGACAACUGCAGCAUAGCACCACACUGCAGGCGUGCGGACAGCGGGGGGGAGAUGCUCCCGUUCUUUAUCUCAGGCACCGACUGCUUUCAACUCGCGUGAUAACUGUAUUAAUUUGAUAAUAAACUUCACUAAAUAA